AUGUCUAUGAUGCCACCAAAGAAAGUCGAGGGAGAGCAAGUUGCUGCCCCACAAACCUCAAAGAUCUCCAUCACUUUGAGCUCAACCAACCCAAAGGCUUUGGAGCGUGUCUGCUCUGAUCUCAUCGAUCUCGCCAAGAAGAAGCGUGUCAGAGCAAAGGGUCCAAUCCGUAUGCCAAACCGUGUCUUGCGUAUCACCACCCGUAAGUCACCAUGUGGUGAGGGUACCAACACCUGGGAUCGUUUCGAAAUGAGAAUCCACAAGCGUGUCAUCCACAUCUUGUCCACCCAAGAUUUCCUCAAGGAUAUGAACUCCAUCUCCAUCGAAAUGGGUGUUGAUGUUGAAGUCACCAUGAACAAGAAGGAAGAAAAGACCAACUAA